GUAAUAAUGUCAUUGAUACGCAAUGGUCAAGUAAGCUUGCAGAGCUUUAUUUUAGGCUCAUUUGUAUCAAGUUAUUUAUUGCUUUCAGCACUGCAUCUUUGGCUAACUGCUGCACCUCAGUGGUUUCUCUGGAUUCUUUCAAAUUCAUGGAUAUAUAUCCUAGCAUACUUUAUAUUAUCAAAUAUUAUCAUCAGACUGCUCUAUUGGGAUGAUGAAUGGAUGGUUGCUGUGUGUGGAAAUUUGACUGGAGUAGCCUUUGGCUCAGGCCUGGUUAUAGUUGCAUUGGAUCUUCAUGGACUGCGUAUAUUUGGUGGGUAUGUUAUGGUACUUGCUUUUUUUCACUUCUCUGAAUAUUUCAUCACAGCUGCCACCAACCCUACAACUCUAUCAUUGGACUCUUAUCUUUUAAACCACAGUUGGGCUUACUGGUUAGCAGGUUCUGCCAGUUGGGCGGAGUAUUUCCUUGAACUUUGGUUGUUUCCUCCCAUUAAAAGUUUGUGGUAUGUGGCAGCAGCUGGGGCAACCAUAUGCAUAUUGGGUGAGAUCACUCGUAAACUUUCCAUGAUAACUGCGCAGAAGAAUUUUAACCAUCUUGUGCAAGUGCGGAGACAGUCUGGACACAAGCUUGUUACCCAUGGUGUGUAUGGCUGGUUUCGUCAUCCCAGCUAUGUUGGUUGGUUUUGGUGGAGUGUUGGAACACAAAUCCUGCUCAUCAACCCUGUUUGUGCUGUUUUGUAUGCAGUCACUUCAUGGCUUUUCUUCAAGGAGCGUAUAACUUUUGAAGAGAUGACUUUGAUCAGCUUCUUUGGCCAGGAGUAUAUAGAUUACCAGAAACGUGUGGGUACUGGUUUACCCUUCAUUAAAGGUUAUUUGUUGCAGGAUUAAUGAUUAACAAAUAGAUAAGGCAGUUUUUGUACCAGCUAUUCUAUGUUCUGGCAUUGUUAUAAUAGAAUUAUGCUACACCAGAGAAUUAACCUUUUUGAUAUCUAUUCACACAUAUACACAUUCAGUUCUUAGCUCAAUUGACUCCAUUGAUCUCACUUCUAAUGUAUUUAAAUGAUAUGGUUUGCCAUGAUUUUGCGAUAAGUUAAUACAAAGUAAUAAUUAAUUUAUUUUAAUAGUUAUGAUUACUUAAGAGAAUUUUUAACUAUGAUUCCCUUUUUUUCUCACGACUCACUGUUGUUUCUUCCUGUACACCCUGACCUUGAAAGUUUUUAUUGCUGGAAUGCUGUGAAGUGGUUCAUGCACAAGCAAGUUUUUUCAUUGAAACGCGUAUGAAUAAUGACCAGCGAGAAUGCAUUAUGUUCCAAUUUUCAGGGAAUCAAAAAUUCUUCAGAUGAUGUUAAUAGGUAGUAGAUCAAAAGGCAGGUCACAGCAAGUACCAAUAAUAUAUUUAAUGACGUUUCGAAUGUAUCAACAUUCAUUUUUAACUUACAAGAAUCAUUGAACAA